GAGGCCCGGUGCCUCCGGAGGGCUCCGGGCCGGGGGUGGUUGUUCCCUGAGGGCAGCCGGCGCCCGCCUCCCCGCCGCGUCUCUCCGGGGCUGCUGCGGAGGCGCGGUCCGACAUGGAGCCGUGCCGCCGGCCGAGCGCGGCCCGCGGCGGAAAGGCACCGCGGAAGAAGCGUCGCUCGUCCCCGCUGCCGGGGGCGGCCGCUUUCCCGGGCAGGGCCGGCGCCUCCGAGCCGUGCCGGCGGCGCCUCUUCGGGAGCGCGGGCCCCUGCGGGCCGCAGCCCGGCAGCCUGAAGGGCAAGUUCAGUGUGAAAGGCCUACCAAAAAUAAAAGAAAAUCUUGAAGUCACUGGAGUGGACCAUUCAUCCAACCAAAGAACAGUGCGGCUCAGUGUACUGAGCUUGGCUCUGCUCUUCAGCCGCAGCAAGCGAGCGAGUGUCCAAGCAGCCACAGACUUGGAAAAAAAUGAAGAGAAAAUAGAAGAAAGCACUGAACUGCUGAAGGAAUCCUUGAUAAUCAACUCUGACAGUAAAGAAAGUUUGGAAAAUGCUGAAGUGACUUCAAGUACAGGAAUGACUCUUCCCACAGGUGUUUCAACCUUUCUCCUACACUGUUUAGAUGUGGAUUCAACUGCAGAUUAUAACACAGGUGCUAGUGACAGCCUGAACAGUUGCCCAUCCCCUGAAACAUUCAGAGAUGAUGCUUCAGAAAGAAGUAAUUUUUACUCUGAGAACUCUGGCAAAUACAAGAACUCUACCCUCCUGGACUCCAGCAAAGCAGUGACCAUAGAUAAGAUACCACAGAUCUCAAAUUUUUCAGCAAUAUUAGAACCUGUGCUGGAGGAUUUUCAAGACCAAUGCACUAGAAGAAAGAGACCAUCAAACUGCAAUUGCAGUUCUUCAGCAUUAAGUGUUUCAACUACUCUGGCAGGAAAAAAAGUCUGUAAAAUUACAGCUGCAAGAGAGAGAACUCCAAACCUAAAAACUGGUAUGCGCUGUUCUUCACCGUUAGGACCGGAAAAAAAGCCUGACAAUCAAACUGCUAAACCCAAAAGGCUGGAGUGUAAGAAAAAAAAAGAAAAUUCUGAUGCAUUGGAAGAAGGUACGUUGUCCUUGGGUCAGCCUGGUGCCCCAGGAGACGCUUCAGCCACAUCGGUGGGCUUGACAGCAGUACUGCCACCCGCACGGACAGAUGUUCUGGUGAAAAUGAGUUCCACCAUGCUGAUCAUGGAGGAAAAUAAAGCCCUAAAAAAUCCCGGAUAUGCUCAGCCUGCGGAGCUAGAUCCUCUGUGUGGCAGACAAGAAAUCUGUUCUAUUGUCAGAACCUCACCUUGCCGGAGGCCUUCCAGACUUCACCAAAUUCCAGUUAACACAGAAGCGUUCCGCCUGCCCGAAGGAGUGCCUGAAGAUAUUAUUACGAGUACCAAAAACUGGAUCUACUGUAAACACAGAUGAGAUUUCUGGGUUUCAGCAGUACUCAGCAGAAGAAAUAGCGGUCUUGCUGCUGCGGCAGGGAGGUGAAACAGAACUACUAGCCAGUAAUUAAUGGCCGUUUUUUUUUUUUUUGCAUAUACAUUGUUUGAAAUUUUGUAUAAUGCUUUGUAGUAAGCUUGUAAAUACUUUACUCAAAUACUUAAUAUUAAAUUAUUUUGUACGAGCAACUA